UCACGUCACCUCGAUGAGUUGACACAUGAGCCCGCGAUAUGGUCAUGGGAUACCAGUCAGUGGCUAUCCUGUUUUGACAGCUGUCAAUUGACCAUAUUGUGAAUGUCCUAUAUUAAAGAUGUGGACUUGCCAAGACACGCCUGAGACACCCCUCCCUUCCUUUUGAUAGUCUCCCCUACCCCACCCGUACAAUCUGUAGACGCGUACGUACGUACGCUCGGUCAAUCACGUGACAACCAAACGAAAAGAGGUUGACCAUAUUCCAUGAGUAUGGGGCUCUGUCUCACGCGCGCUUCGCGCGCGCGCGCGGGAGCCCCGCUAUAAUUUAGGGAGGUGCAAUUGACCUGGUUCGGCUGUAAAUACAUGUACCCUGAAAUAAAUGGCUUGAGAAAGAGAGGGUUAAAAAAUAAAAUGAAACAGCCUUACAUAUAUGAUACACAGACACUUCAUUACCAAGAUCGAAUUAGUCCACCUAAUUUGACCCAAUACGCUUUUAGUUUUCAAAUCAACUUCCCUUGAAUGUUCACCAAAUAGGGUUGAUUAUUUUUAUAAAACAUAUUUUAAACUGGUUUAAGAUCUUGUACCCUUCGCCACUACAGAAAAGCUGUAGACAGCAUCUGCAAGGGAAAAUAACGGACAAAAUUUCACUUACCCUUAUUUUCUUGGACUUCAGGUUUGAGACUGGUUGGAGGAUCUGGAAGCUGGGAAGGAAGAGUAGAAGUGUAUCAUAAUAACUUCUGGGGAACCGUCUGUGACGAUGGCUGGGGUUUAAAUGACGCGCGUGUUGUUUGUCGCCAGCUUGGAUAUCCUGGCGCUAUUGGUGCCCCAGGGUCUUCCCGAUUCGGCGCCGGAAGUGGUAAAAUUUGGUUGGAUGAUGUUGCAUGCUCGGGAAGUGAAAGUUCUUUAGACAAAUGUUUGCACAGAGGAUGGGGUAUCCAUAACUGUUAUCACGGUGAAGAUGCAUCGGUGAUAUGCUCUAGAGGUAAGUAAGAGUCAUAUUAUUUGCAUUUCGCUCAGUAAGGAAACGGUAAGGUUUCAGAGCAUUAGAAAACUGAUUAGGUAAAUGUUAAUUGGAAGCACAUAAUCAAUAUCGUGGAAGAUACAUUAGUAAUAGAGUCGAGGAAAAAGAUCUAGUUUUCUUAUGAUUGAGUGUGUCUGUAUUUUUGUUAGCGUAUGGUAUAGCCAGCUUCCGCCUAAACCUCGAGGUCGUGAUUAAUUAA